AUGAAUGUCCUUGACACUCUAUUCGGUCGAUCAAUGACGCCAGCCGAGCGUCUGCGUAAACACCAAAGCUCUAUACAGAAAGCCGUAAGAGAGCUCGAGAGGGAACGGGCCAAGCUCGAAGGACAAGAGAAGAAGACAAUGAUGGAUAUCAAGAAGAAUGCGAAGAAUGGCAAUAUGAACGCUUGCAAGAUUUUAGCCAAAGAUCUCGUCAGGACACGGCACUACAUUCAAAAGUUCACACAGAUGAGAGUCCAGCUCCAAGCUGUGUCCUUGAGAAUGCAGACGUUGAGGAGUAAUGAGCAAAUGGCAACGGCUAUGAAGGGUGCUACAAGGGCCAUGGCUCAGAUGAACCGGGGCUUAAAUCUUCCUCAGAUUCAAAGGAUCAUGAAUGAAUUCGAAAAGGAGUCAUCGACUAUGGAUAUGAAGGAGGAAAUCAUGUCGGAAGCUGUGGACGACGCAAUGGAGGGUGAAGAGGAAGGUGAAGGUGAAGAUGUAGAAAGUGACAAGAUCUUGAAAGAGGUGUUUGAUGAGAUUGGAAUGAACAUGAAUGAUGCGCUCACAUCAGCGCCGACCGCGAAUCCUUUGAGCAACGAGCCCGUCGCCAAUACCAGGAUAGCAGUCGCAGAAGGGCUUACAUCUUCACCAGUCGCUUCGCAAUCAGGAGCCAGCAACGGCGGUGGAGGUCCCAUGUCAUCAGAAGAGGCAGAUUUACAAAGAAGGUUGGAUGCGCUUCGUCGAGAUUAA